CACAUGAGAAGUCAUACUGGAGAGAAACCUUAUCAGUGCUCAGAAUGUCAACAAGGCUUUUCUCAAUAUUCUAAUUUACUAAGACAUAUGAAGACUCAUACUGGGGAGAAACCAUACAAAUGUUCAGAGUGUCUAAAAGGCUUCUCUCAAAAAUAUGGCUUAAUAAAACAUAUGAGAAUUCAUACUAGAGAAAAACCAUAUCGGUGUUCAGUGUGUCUAAAUGAGUUUUCCCAGAAAUCUAGUCUAGUACAACAUAUGGCUGCUCACACUGGAGAGAAACCAUAUCAGUGUUCAGUGUGUCUAAAAGACUUUUCCUUAAAUUCCUAUUUAGCUAAACAUAUGAAAAUUCAUACUGGAGAAAAAUCAUAUCAUUGUAUAUUGUGUUCGAAAGACUUUUUCCAAAAAGUUCAUUUAAUAAAUCACAUGAAGACUCACACUGGAGAGAAGCCAUAUCAUUGUUCAGAGUGCCUAAAAGAUUUUUCCACAAAAUCUACUUUAAUACAUCAUAUGAGAAUUCAUUCUGGCGAUAAAUCAUAGCAUCGUCAAGGAUGACUUAACCUGUAAACGGUCCAAGCAGAUCUACGUUCACAUGUGUACUGUUACAAAAGUAGAUCUACGUUUUUUUUACAUAUUUUCAAAUAUAAAAAAAAAAAAGUAGAUCAAAGUUUUUUUACACAUUUUCAAAUGUAAAAAAACAAAAAGAAGAUCUACUUUUUUACAUACUUUCAAGUGUUGAAAAAACGUAUAUAUACGUUUGGACCAUUUACGGGUUAAGGUACAUCAUUUAAACAAAUCUGAAUUCGCAGUUCAUGCAAAUAUUCAUGUGCAGGAAAGAAUAUCUUUCCUUAGUGUAGUUAUAUACAGUAAGUGGAAUGGCUGAAUUUGUGUUCAUUGUGUCAUAGUUUUUUUCCAUUGAAUGAUAAUAAUUUCUGCUACAAAAUAUACUCAAAUUUGUGAGGUUGUUUUGUUGUCCUUGCAAAAUUUUCCUGAGUUGUAUUUGCAGUAUAGACUAUAUAGAACAUUAUAAUUACUGUACUAAUGCGUAUAUUAACCCUUAAACUUAGAUCUAUGUUCACUCGCGUAGCACUCUGAACAUAAAUCUGUUUCAUUUUACAAGAAAUCAAAUGUAAAAAAAUGUAGAUCUACAUUUGGAGCGCUAUGCGAGUGAACGUAGAUUUACGUUUGGAGCACUGUGCAAGUGAACGAAGAUCUACAUACGGAGCGCUACGCAAGUGAACGUAGAUCUACAUUUGGACAGUUUAAGGGUUAAGUUUAAUAUAAAGA